CUUCCAUCUGAUCCCAGUCUAUCAAGUCUCAUCAGGGGUGGCUGCGUGAUCUUCCUCUGUGGCCUGGUAAGACUGCACCCUCCUCAAAGGGAGGUGAUCAAGGAGCAGGCCAGAGUUCAUGUCAGAGACAGUCCCUGUUCCCAUAACUAGGGGAACCCACUUGGACACUGAGCUGCCAUGGGCUACAUCUGUGCAGGGGUUCUAGGUUAGGUUCUUGGUUGGAGUAUCAGUCCCAGAAAAGAUCCCUUGUGCCCAGAUUUUUUUUUCUCCCCUUGUGGAGCUCCUGUCCCAUCCAAGAGGAAUGGAUACAGAAAUUGUGGUACAAUGGAAUACUACUCAGCAAUUAAAAACAAGGAAAUCAUGAAAUUUGCAGGCAAAUGGUGGGAUGUAGAAAAGAUCAUCCUGAGUGAGGUAUCCCAGAAGCAGAAAGACACACAUGGUAUAUACUCACUUAUAAGUGGAUAUUAGUUAUAUAAUAUAGGAUAAUCAUACUAAACCCUAUACACCUAAAGAAGCUAAUCAAGAAGGAGGACCCUGGGUAAGAUGAUUAAUCCUCAUUCAGAAAGGCAAAUGGUACAGAUAUCGGAAGAGAAAAAAAACAGGAACAGGACAGGAGCCUACCACAGAGGGCCUCUGAAAGACUCUACCCAACAGGGUAUCAAAGCAGAUGUGGAGACUCAUAGCCAAACUUUGGGCAGAGUACAGGGAAUCUUAUGAACAAAUAAAUCUUUCAAAAAGUUUUUUAAAAGGUAUUCUGUCUCAGACACCCCAAACUAUUUGAUUACAAAGAAAGGAGGUAAAGUCGUUUUUUUAAUGAGUUGGUCAGUGGGACUAGAGCUUUGUCACAGACAAAGACGCCUUUUUUUUUUUUUUUGUAUGUAUGUAUAUACGGAAAAGAAUGAGAGCGAGAAGUCUCUGUCUGUCUGUCUGUCUGUCUGAGUAGGGACCUCACUCUGUAGCUCCUCCUGCCUGGAACUUGUGAUCCUCCUGCCUCGGCAUCCCAAGUGCCUGUUUUACAGAUGUGGGCCACCUGCUUGGUUGACGGGAAAUAAAUCUUCGUCAUCAUGGAGCCCUCUAAUCAUCCAAGGCCUUGCUGACCUCUCGUAUCCCUCUUACUCUCUCCCAGAGGAGCAAAUCCACACCCACUGCAUGUUAUCAUGUUUCUAUUUAUAUGCAAAGUAUGUUUUGUAUUGCAGGUGUGUGUGUGUGUGUGUGUGUAAAUACGAAGAGAUUAGACCAUAGCUUAACUCAUUCUGAUUUGGGCACAGCAGAGUUUACCCACAUAUCAGACAUAAAAAAGAUACUGUUUGAGAUUAAGUAAAUGUAUUACAGCAUUCCUCCUCAUUCCCCCCACCCCAACUCAGCUAUGCUUUGUGUGUGUGUGUGUGUGUGUGUGUGUGUGUUAAAUGUAUGUAUCCUGAUCAUAGCCACCUCCCAUUGCACACACACACCCCAACACACACACUUCCCCCCAGCCCGUCCUGGAGAUUAAAUACAGGGAGGGCAUGGGACACAGGAGGGGAGUGCUCACCACUGAUACACAUCCCCAGAUCUUUUAUAAUUUUUUUAUUUUGAGACAAGGUCUCAAAAAUCACUCUGGAGGCUGGAGAGAUGGCUCAGUAGUCAAGAGUUCCGUUCCCAGAGCCUGCUGGUGGCUGACCACCAUCUGUAACUCCGAUUCCAGGGGAUCCCCUGCCUUCUUCUGGCCUCCCUGGGUACCAGGCCAGCAUGUGGGGCUGGGGGGAUGGCUCAGAGCUUAAGAACAGUUUUGUUCUUUGCCGAGUACCCUCAGUUCCCAGCACCCACGUCGGGUUCCAGUUCCAAGGGAUCUAACAUCACCUUCUGGCCUCUGGGAGCCCCCAGAUUCAUGUGGCACACACCUACAUAAAAAAAUGAAAUGAAAUUAACUUGAAGCAAAACAAAACAAACACCUCACUCUCUAGCGCAGGCAUCCUGCCUCCCCAUCCUAGUCGCUUCGAUGGCAGGUCCCUGCAGAAAAUAUCUGCAUUCUACCUACCCUCCCUUCUCUGCCCUUCUGCUUUCCUUAUCUAAGCCAGCUACGUUUAAGUGACUCACAGAGAAGCCCUUCCUGUGCAGUAAGAUAGCAGUCCAGAGCCGAGUUCCUCUUAACCCCGGGAGAAGGAAAGCGCUCCGCAGCUUGUCCAGUGUACCUCGCUACUUCAUGCCAGCUAAGUGUGGGGACCAGAUAGGAUUUGUUGGUGCCACGGAGAUCAUCCUGGAGCCUUCUGCUUCCAUCUCAGUGUGUUUGAGAGUCUUACCAUGUAGCCAUGGCUGGUCUGGAACUCACCACGUAGACCAGGCUAACCUUUGCCUCCUGGGUGCUGAGAUUAAAGGCUGGGCAAUGGAGUCUUUCCCUGCUGACACCAAUUCAACUGACCUACACUCACCGCCUUUGCUUAAACCCCAAGACAUUCUCUCUGCAGUCCUUCUGAGCCUCACGUGUUUAUUGGGACUACCGGGCAAUGGGCUGGUGCUGUGGGUGGCUGGCCUCAAGAUGAAGCGGACCGUGAACACCGUUUGGUAUCUCCACCUCACCCUGGCUGAUUUCGUCUGCUGCCUUUCCUUGCCCUUCUCCCUGGCUCAUGUGUUUCUCCAGGGACACUGGCCCUACGGUUUGUUCCUAUGCAAACUCAUCCCCUCAGUCAUCCUACUCAACAUGUUUGCCAGUGUCUUCCUGCUGACUGCCAUUAGCCUGGACCGCUGUCUGAUGGUGCAUAAGCCAAUCUGGUGCCAGAACCAUCGGAAUGUGAGAACAGCCUUCGCCAUCUGUGGAUGUGUCUGGGUGAUGGCCUUUGUGAUGUGUGUCCCCGUAUUUGUAUACCGUGACCUGAUUGUUAUGGGCAAUCAUAGCAUAUGUGGCUAUAAUGUUGACUCCUCCAUGUCAUUUGAUUAUGGGAACUACACGUACGAUCUACCGGAAAGCAACCCUACCAACAACCCCACUGCUCAGCUAAGCGGACAGACAGACGACAGGUCAGAUCCUUCAGCUACCACUGCCCUCCAGGCACAAACGUUCCAAAUUUCUCCCGACGGUUCAUUCCCUUUAUAUUCAGCAAGUCUAUCCAGUCAGCAGGCCCAUUACAGUGGAAAGCCUCCUAGGGUGCUGAGACCUGCCGCACCCAGCGGGUUUCCCAUUGAAGACGGAGAACCCCACACACGUAACGCCAAGGCUUUUCUCUCUGCUCAUAUAGAGCUUUCCCCUACCAAUUCUAGCAGCUAUUUCUAUCACCCUGAGCUGUCAAAUGAUUUCCAGGAUGAUUACUUGGAUCAGUUCGCCUAUGACCAUCAUGUGCCAACACCUCUGGUGGCAAUGAGCCUCACAAGGCUGGUGGUGGGCUUCCUGGUGCCCUUUUUCAUCAUGGUAGCUUGUUACAGCCUCAUCAUCUUCCGAAUGCGAAGAGCGAACUUCACCAAGUCUCGGAGUAAAACCGUUCGUGUGGCCCUGGUGGUGGUGACAGUCUUUUUUGUCUGCUGGACUCCGUACCAUAUUGUGGGAGUCCUGCUUUUGAUUGCCGACCCAGAGAGCAGAUUGAGGGAAACUGCAAUAACCUGGGACCAAGUGUCCAUUGCUUUAGCAUCUGCCAACAGCUGCUUCAACCCCUUCCUCUACGCCCUCUUGGGGAAAGACUUUCGGAAGAAAGCAAGACAGUCCGUAAAGGGCAUUCUGGAGGCAGCCUUCAGCGAAGAGCUCACGCACUCUACCAGCUGCACCCAGGACAAAGCCCCUUCAAAAAGAAACAAUAUGAGUACAAAUGUGUGAGGAUGCGGCGCUGGAGCCCGAGGUGGACCUUCUCAGGUGAACCCUGGUAAAAGAUGCCGUGUGAGCAGGACACUUUAGACAAUCUGGUGGCUCUCGGAGAGAAGUCCCUGACUGUUGACAUCAGCAUCAUUUGGAAACAUUAAAGAGGCAAAUUUUCAAGCCCCAUCCCAGAUGGGUUGACUCAGAAUCUCUGGCCAGUGGGGACCAGUGUAUUACCGGCUCUCUUGCUUGCAUUAACGUUAAGUUUUACAGUCAUUUCUUUGGCUUAGUCUAUUCCUGUGUCUAACUAAGCCAUGUGUGAUGAACAGCUUCCUUGUCUGUUUUCAUCAUUACUCUUCUUUCCUUAGCAUGGUCUGAAUCAUCUUCUAGUUUUCACAAAAGGCUGCUUUUAUUGUCCUGUGUAAAGAAUAUUCAUUUAUCGUACAGCUUUGGGGUGGUGGUAGUGGUUUUAAGUGGGGAAAGGACACAAAAAGAGAAAGCCGAUGAAAGCAGGGAGUGAUACGUUAGAGGCUAGAACAGAAUCUAGUGCCAAAUGCCUGCUACUGGAAGCAUCCUGGGAUAAUUCUAGUCUUCCAAAUUACCCCUGAAUGAGCACAGAUACACAUAAACACUUUCCUGCUCCUGGGGUGUUUUGGAAGCAGUGGUUUGGAGUGUUCUCUUCUCUGUGUGUUAUGCUUGUUCACAUCUAGGUCCCAUUUCUUUUUGUUUUGUUUGUUUUUGUUUUCCAAGACAGGGUUUUUCUGUGUAGCCCUGGCUGUCCUGGAACUUGUUCUGUAGACCAGGCUGGCAUCAAACUCAGAGAUUCGCCUGCCUCUGCCUCUUCAGUCCUAGGAUUAAAAGCAUGCACCACUUCCGAUUUCUCUCUCUCUCUUUCUUUCUUUCUUUUUCUUUCUUUCUUUCCUUUCCUUCCUUUCCCUUCUCCCUCCCUCCCUCCAUCCCUCCGUCCCUCCCUCCCUCCCUUCCUUCCGUUCUUCCUUAUCAACGGUUUUUGAGACAGGGUUUCUCUGCAUAGUCUUAGCUGUCCUGGAACUCACUCUGUAGACCAGGCUGGUGUCCAACUUAGAGGUCCACCUGGCCCUGCCUGUCCAGUGCAGGGAUUAGGUUGAGCUCCACCAGAGCCAGGCUACAAUGUCCUAUAUAUUAAUCUCCUGGCUUCCUUCCUUUUGUUUUCCACACAGAGUCUUGCCAUCCCCUCUGGGGUUGUGGUAUGCAUCGAAGUGCCUGGUCCCCCUUCUUACUUUUCCAUAUGAGACUUGUGCCUCACAUAGGAUGAAACAGUACUCUAAAGAUGCCUUUCCCCUUCACCCCCGAACUUAGUGUCAAAUAGGUGGGGAAAUAGGAUGAUGGGUGGAAGCACAAUUUUUCAGUUCACUCCAGGAUCACAGCACCCUCUGACAGUAAUACUAAAAGAUUUUAAACAUGAGUCUGGAUAUUUUGCAUGCCAAAGGUGUCGGGUGCACUCUCUUUGGGAUUUUUUUUUUUUUUUUUUUUUUUUUUACAAAUUAAUGUUUAUCUGGACCAUGGCAAUAUGAAGUGACAUAUGCACCCAGUUUUAAAGAACCUAAUGAAUAAUGAAAUAGUAAUGAAACACAAGACGCCUCUUUCUCCAGGGCACAGUAAUUCUCAUCUCUCCUUCUUACUUCCAAGAGAAACUUCGCAAUGAUUUUAGCUGUUUCUUCUGAUAUUUACCAUGAUGUGCCUAAACCAUGUGCUUACACUGCUGUUUCUUAUAGAUAUGAUAAAAAUGGUUGUUUUGAAAGAUUUUAUCUACUUUUAUAUUUUCAUCCAACUUCCCAGUGUUUAUUAGCAAGUAUCAUCCAUUAAUUUGCUCAUGACCACCCAUUUUUCUUUCACUUUGGUUGUCAGGUUUUGUUUGCUUUUGAGCCAGGUUCUGUGAAGCAUCUGGCCUCAAACUCACAGUCUCUUGUCACAGUGCUCAAGAUGAGCUCACACACACCCCAGUUGACUACGCAAUUUUCUUCUCAAUAUUGUCCAAUAACAUAUAGCUUUUCUUUUAUUUUUACACCGACAUAUAUUAAUUAUUCAUAUUAAUAAGGGUCACUGUGACUGAUCCAUACCUGCACACAACAGCACUCACACUUCCACCCCCCCCCCCCCAGACCCUUCCGAAUCAUUAUUCCACUUUCUAGUUUCUCAAGAAUCCCUGGCUGGCCUCAACAUUGCUUUGCAAACAAAGAUGAUUUUGAGAUUCUGAUCCUCCUGCCUCCACCUCCCACGUGCAGUCAUGGACCACUAUGCCCAAUCUUAAUGUGAUCCUGGGAAUCAGAACCAAGGCUUCAUGCAUGCUAAUUAAGCAUCCGACCCACUGAGCUACUCCCUGAACCUCCUCAGGUUGACAUUCAACCUUUAGUAUUCUCACGUGUAUACUUUCAUGUGUUAAAUCACUGAAAAGUCAAGCUUGUUUGUACAAAUAGGCUUUUCUAAGAUGAAUGAGGUGAUCUAAUAAGACAGAAGCGAAUGCAUUUUAGUCUUGUGAAACAGUUGUUCAGUUGUUGAGGGAAGGGCUUUAGGCUACAUCUCUUUUAUAAACUACUGCAUGGAAAAAUUUCAAAUGACUAAAAAAUCCUUUUUGUUGCGAGGUAAUUCAGGGCAUAAAAUCGCAGUUCUACCUUCCCAAUGUAAGCUGUUUAUAUAUUCCAUAUGAAUAAAUGCUUUUGUCCACAA